AUGGCUGCGCUCAUUCGGUGCAAUGCUCUCAUCUAUCGUAACUUUGUACAGUCAGUAUCUAAGAUUCUCUCAGUUCCAAACAACAAUGGGUUAAUAAAAUAUUCAAACCAAAGAUAUGCUGCCACUGCAGCAGCAAGAAAAGAUGAGCUGCUUGAUCAAGUGCGCCAUAAAGUCAACUUGAAUUCUGGGAUAUCGCAAAGCCUGUUUCAGACAGUGUACUCAUCAUGUGAUGAUUCACUAACGGACCAGGAUAUUGCAUUAUUACUUCAUGUCUGCACGAAUGGACCUUUUGAUGCGCCAUCCCAGAAAAGGUCAGAGCUGGCAGAUGAGUUAUGGAAUAAAAUGGAACAACUGGGCAUUAAACCUACAAUCAAAAUGUACAACAUCAAACUAAGGGUGUACGUUUCCAACAAAAUACGAUUCAGUCCUCUGGAUGAGCUGCAGAAGUUGAAGUCAUUAGGCUUGAAUCCAGACAGGAUGACUUAUGGAUUGUUGUUGGAGGAAUUUUGUCAGCAAGGAAACAUAGCAGGAGCAAACAGUGUUUUGGAAGCCUUUAAAACAGCAGAUUUGCUUCUUGGAAUUGGAAUGUUCAACUCAUUUAUUACAGGCCAUCUCAAGGCAGGGUCUCCAGAAGAAGCUCUUAACAUUUUAGAUGUCAUGAGGUCCAGAGGGCUGACUCCAGAUUCUGACAGUUACUUUAGAUUUGCCUUACACUAUGCUGAGGAAGGAGACAUUGAUUCUGUUGUCAAGUACAUAAAUGAAGCAGAGAGCAAAGGAGUUUUCUUGGAUUUCUCUGCAUUGUUGGAAUUGUACAGAACAAUGAUCGCCUCUGGACAUUCCAGCAAAACUGCACAACUCUUGAAAAUCAUAUCGGAGAAAGGUGUUGUCUUUGACUUAACCCUGCAGAAGUCGUGCCAGCUAGCAUCUGAAGGAUACAAUGAGGCAGCCUUCCAGCUGUACACAGCCAUGCCUAAAAUUGAUGGUGAUAAGCAACAAAAGAAAGAUGGCAGUUUCCUAUUGAAAGCGAUGAUUAUCAAUGGACAGGCUGCAGAAGAAAUUAUGAAAGUGGCAGAAAAAAUUGCAGAGUCUAAUUUCAGAGCUCAACCACACAGCUUUGCUUUAUUGUAUGCAUAUAAAGCAGGAAACACAGAUUUGGCAGUAGAGCUGUUGGAGCACAUGAAGGCCAAGAGCAUUGAAAUUAAAGUGCCACAUGUUACUCCAGCAAUUGUUGGCUACAGAAAAACAAAAAACACAGAAGGUUUGUACAAAGUCAUUCGCACACUUUUGGAGAUAAAUGGAAACCAGGGCAUAGAUGAUACUGUGGAGUGUCUUCAUACAUUUGGCUACCCAGCACUGUCUGCACUAAAAGAGACCAGAGAGAACAUUGUGAAGAACUUUCAGGACUAUGAGAAAUCCUGGAAUUCAGUUUUUUUCAUAAAUGAUCUGACAGAAAGUUACUCGGCCGCUCUUAGUAACGCUGCAGGAAAAGAAUUGGAUUCCAGGUUCUUCCUUCAGUGGUAUGACUUUGAUGCUCACUUGAUAAAGAAUUUGGAGAAAGACUCAACAUCUUUUGCAGAUGUCCUGGUUUACCUUGGCCAACAUGGAUCCAUGAAGAAGGACAAGCUGAUGUCACUGUGUGGCUUUGUGUUCGUUCACUUAGCUCAGAACAGGAACUGGGAUUUGCUCAACAAAAUUCUCACAGAAUUCCAAGAAAAGAAUCUGACUCUAAGGAAUGGAAUCAAAAACUCAAAGUACUACCUAGAAGCUCCAGAAGAAGUGAAGGCUAAAGGUGGACUGGGAAUCGUCAACGGUCAGGGAUGGCACCAGAAGUACCUUACACUUGAGAAUUUGAAUGUGAUGACUACAGAAGAGCUUGAAAAUUACCAAAAAGAAAACCCUGGUAAUAAUAAUGUCAAGAUUGCCUUGCUGACCAAAGCUUUGGAAACAAAUGACCUUGAAAAUAUCAAGCAGAAGCUGCGAAAGUUGGAGGCCAUCAACUUCAAGUUAAAUUUCACUUCCGUGCUGAACUUGGUGAAAAAAUUCAACCAACUAGGAGAUGUAGAAACAGCAGUGCAAUACUUUCAUGAGCUGACUAAAACAGUUGGGACCAACUACAAUAUAAUGAUUCCUCUUUCUCUUGGGAUACAGUUGGUGAAAGCUGGGAAGAUAACAGAAGCCUUGGAGAUGAUCAGAGCUGCUGACAAUAGUACAUUUCCUAAGAGGACUGAAGACAAGAAGCUGUUGUACCUUAAGACAAUGCUGCUAAAUGCACCAAGUGUUGAUGAUGCAGCCACACUGCAUUCUGAAAUCUGUUCAACUACAUCACUUCUCAUUGACAAAGAACCGUUACGUGUUCAUGCUGCCUACAUUACUAGAGUCCUUCAAGAAGCCGAUGAUGACGAUCUCUUGGCCAGAUUGAGAAAACUGCAUGAGACCUACCAUGUAUUCCCUUGCAUGGAGCAGGUGCUGGUGCGAUUGAUAGAGAAGCAGGAUGUGAACCAGUUAAAGAAAG